AUGGGUGUCCUCCAGAAUCUGUCGGGUGCUCGGGGUUCAAUGGAGCUGAGCAUUGAUGCCUCCAGCCUCGUAUGGAUUUCACUUGCAGGUGUCAUCUUCCUGCCUGUGAUAUUCAUCCUUGUUGACUAUCUCCGGGUCCUACGCCUUCGCCAGAAGCUGCCUCCUGGCCCGUUCCCCCUGCCGCUCGUUGGCAACUUCUUCCAGAUCCCCAAAGUGAAGCCGUGGAUCGACUUCGAGAAGUGGUCAGAGUACUACAAGGACCCCAUGAUCACCAUCUGGCAGGGCCACCGGCCGACCAUCAUGUGUAACGACAUCUGGACCAUCUCCGAUUUACUCGACAAGAGGGCAAACAUUUACUCUUCCCGGCCGCAUAUGAUCGCCAUGGGUGACAUGAUUAAUGCCACGGAGAGCAACCAGGUGUGUCUCGUGUAUGGGGACAAAUGGCGCCUUCAUCGUCGCCUCAUGCACUCCGCGACUGGCUCACAAGCCAUCAGGCCAUGGCGCGCCAUUCAAGCCAAUGAAUCCAAGGUUCUGGUUCGCGAUCUAUUAGACAAACCAGACGACUUUGUCAUGAGCAUCGAGAGGUACUCGUGCUCGAUCGUCUCCAUCAUCGGCUGGGGUCGCCGCAUCGACAAGAUCAACGACUACGUGGCCCAAAUGGCGCUCAAGGCCAUGGAGGGAGUCGACCUCAUCAUCCCCGGCCUGUUCAUCGUCGAGUCGAUCCCGUUCCUGGCCAACCUACCCAAGUGGCUCAACUGGAUCUACCCGAUGCCGCGCCAGACCCUCACCUUCGCAAAGCAUCUGCAAAGGCAAAUUAGACAAACUCCGUCAUGGUACUUCGUUGCACUGUCCAAAGAAGGCGCCCGGGCCCCCGAAGACAACUUUGCCAAACGCCUCUUCCGUGAGCAAGAGCAGAGCCACAUUGCCGACGAGGAGAUAUCCAGCCUCACCUCCAACCUCAUCGGCGGCGGAGUCGACACGACCAGCGGGACCAUCAUCUCGUUCAUUCUGGCCAUGUGCGUCUUUCCAGAGAAGAUGAAGAAGGCCCAAGAAGAGCUGGAUCGAGUGGUGGGCCAGGACCGCGUUCCAGAGUGGACGGACGAGCCAUCGCUGCCGUACGUCAAAGCCGUCGUCAACGAGACACUGCGGUGGCGGACCGUCACCAUCCUGGGCGGGAUCCCGCACGCCCCGAUCCAAGACGACGAGUACCGCGGCUACAUCAUCCCCAAGGGCACACCCAUCACCGGCAACGUGUGGGCCAUCCAUCGACAUCCCCGGGAGUUCCCUGAGCCCGACAACUUCCGGCCAGAGCGUUUCUUGGGCGGGCUCGAGCGCCCGUACCCCAACAAGCAGGGCCACAAUGCCUUUGGCUGGGGUCGGCGACAGUGCAGUGGCCAGCCGCUGGCCGAGCAGGGCCUGUUCAUGACGAUUGCGACGCUGCUGUGGGCGUUUGACUUUAAGCCGGGGCUGGACGAGAAGGGCCAGGAAGUCAAACUGGACAUCUUCGCCUACACCAAGAGCGAGAACAUGCGGCCGGAGCCCUUCAAGGCCCGCUUCAUCCCCCGCUCCCCGGCCAUUGAGAGGAUCAUCCGCUCCGAGGCGGCACGGGCACGCAAGGAGCUGUGUGCGUAUGACGGCGAGACCAGGUUGACGAUGGAGAACGUGCCUUAA